AUGACCCCAAAGCCCUACUCCAGACCACAACCACGACAGCAACCGCAGCAACAGAUCCAGAAAGGAGGCUAUCAACAAAGGCCGACGGGAAAAAUCCAAUGCUUUCAUUGCCAACAAUUGGGGCACAAAAAGAGCGAAUGCCCCCAACUCCCUCCAUCUGGGUACCAAGGAGGAGGUUCCGGAGCAAAUGCCCAGGCAUUAGGUGGGCAGAAGCCUUGGACGAACAAGACAGGAUCGAUCGGGCAGCAGCACCAAAAGAGUGGGGGAACUCAGAACGCCAAGACUAGUGGCAACCAAAAGGCAACCAGCAGAAUCUUUGCCUUGCAAGAGGAAAAAGCAGACCCGUCUGUAAUUGAGGGUAAUUUAGUGCUAUACAAUUCUUUGGUGCAUGUUUUAUUUGAUACUGGUGCAUCACAUUCUUUUAUAUCCUCUGCUUGUGCUAAGUCAUUAGAACUUACAUGUGAACCUUUAGAAACUGCCUUAAAUGUAAUGUCACCUAUGGGAGGAUGCGUUCAGAUAGGAUUGAUCUGUAAGGACUGUAAGAUAGGAAUGUCGAACCUACACUUAAUGUGCGACCUUCGUGUCAUGGAAAUGUCGAACUUCGAUAUCAUUUUGGGCAUGGACUGGUUGUCUGCCCACCGAGCAGUGAUCAACUGUCAUCAGAGGAAAGUGGUAGCUCACACGCAAGAUGGAACUCGUUUCCAGUUUAAGGGGGAUAGAUAA